AUGUCGAGCGAAGCCGUCGUUUACGCCUACAGACAUGUUCUUCGUCAGGGGCUGAGAGCCAUUCAGUACUCGAAGCCUGCGCGCUUCACACUACGGGACCGACUGCGCUCGGCCUUUCGAAAAGGCGCUGCCAGCGACUUUGAUCAGCAGAAGAUUGCGAAUACCCUCGAGUUUCUGCAGUAUGCUACGAAGCAGAAUGGAUUGGAGCACAAGGUCCUGAGAAAUCUCUUGCUGGUGUGGUGGAAUCAAGAUAGGGGUGGUCGAACGAGAUCCAGGAGCAAGUCUCGCCAGCGUGAAGACCUCGAGAUACGCACGACCGCCUACGAUGCCUUCAAUCACAACAUCCGCAUGCUGAACGAAAGUAUGGGGACCUGCAUCCCUUCUAUGACCUCGCGAGAUCCCACCUAG